ACGGUUAAUGACAGUUUCCCCCCUACAGAGAGGGCCUGGGGGAGUCUCUGCCAGUGCAGCGACGCAGCGGUGUGGUGGUCAAAUCCAGUACUUGAUUAAAUAAUGGUUCGUGUCAUGAAGGAAGUCAGUCAUCACUAGGUAGCGUAGCAUCUCUCACACAGUACAAGUCUUUCGCUCAGAGUUUCUUAUCGCGUACAGACAGACAGACGUACACGAACACAUGCAUUGGACGGACGGACAGACAGCAUUCCGUCCUCAGUGACUGACCGUCUUCCGCCCGUGUGCAGGCAUAUAGGUCGGUACUCUACUGUUGAGCGUACGCCAUCCAUCCAUCCAUCCCCCCCCACACACACAUCCGCCCAAGCCACCGCACAAAACAAUGCUGCACGGCGAUCGAGUUGGUGCGCUGCCCUCACGUGUCUCGCGAGGCUCUCACUAAUGCGCCAAGCGCUACAGUCUCGUGCAGCCGUGCUGUGCGUGUAGCUAUAUGGGUGUCGUCAAAAAGAAACAUACAUGUGCUCAUUACACCGGUAUGUGUGUGUGGAGAUGUGUGUGUGGAGAUGUGUGCGGGGCCCCGCACCACAGACUCGCAAUGGCAUGGACGUGUGUGUGCACGGGCAGAAGAGAGAGAGAGAGAGGUAUUUGGCAAAAGAAAGAUUGCAUGAUGGACGAAGGAUGCAAACAGCGUCGACCCGAGACCCACACACCCCACCAACUCACCCAACCAUUCGUAGAGACAGGCAGGCAGGCAGGCAGGCAGACAGAGACAGAGAGAGAGAGCGAAAGGCCAUACAAAAGCGAUCGGUCAAAAUCAUCCAUCAUAGUAUAAAUCCACCCACAAGGACGCUCUCACCGCAACACUCAGGUAAGCGCUAGAAUUGUAGCACCUGGUCUGUGUGUGCGUGUGUGCCAAGCAGCUUGUCAGGACAAUUCACACACGCACCGCAGCCAUGACUCACUCACUCAUUGCACACCCCACCCACCCCACGAGCCCCACCCCACCUCGAGCCCCCACCGUCAGUCACCGUCUAAGUGGCAGCGACGGAUUGUGUCCUGCUGCCCGCCCUCAAACGCAUCCCCUCGUCCACCUCCCUCUCGACACUGCUCACCAUCGGGCUGCCCCCCGACCGCAUCGACGGCCGCACAACCAUCCCCAGGGACGACGUCCGCGAGUCCAUCCCCAGUGAGUCCACCAGAUUGGGGUUGCUCAGCGACGCCUUCAGACCGUGGGGCGACGCUGCGCUCGCUAUGGGGGAGGACGACCGCUCUGGAUGGUUCUCCUGCUGCUGCUGCUGCUGCUGGCGUGGUGUGGGGAAGGACUGAUUGAGGAGGGGGAACUGGGGAUGGAUGGGGGAGUGGACGUACAGGCCGGGCAGAUGGGCCUGCUGACGGGCGGGAGGGCUGCUUGCUGCUAUUGCAGCUGUUGGUGCUGCUGCCGGGGUGGGGCUACUGGUGGGGGCAGGGAAGCAGAUGGCACCGGCGCCGUCAGACUGGCCCUGCCUCUUUCCUGCCGAUUGUGGUUGGUCCUCCUCGAUUUCUCGUGGCUGCUGGUAGGUGGCGGGUGGUGCUGCCGGGAUGGACGAGUUGUUGAUCUUGGCUGUGAGGGCGUGUCGCAGCUCCACAUCCACAGCAGCGGCCUGCUCCUCCAGCCGGCGACGACACUCGCGCAGCGUCAUCUCAACCUGACACAACACAGACAGACAGAGAGAGAGAGAGAGAUGUGUGUGGUUUGGCGUUUGUUUCGUGUGUGGCUGAGCGACCUUGAGCAUGUGUUUGAGUCUUGGUACGUGUGGCCAUGUGCGUCUCUGCCCCUCGGCAAUGAAGUACGACAUGUCUGUGAAGGUCGGGUGGUUCAUCAUCCUGCACACACACACCCAACCAACCAACCAACCACACACACGCACGCAGAGAGGAUCACAUCUCCCGUGCGACGAGUGUCGUUGUGUAGUGAUGCGGACGUACCUCCACCAGUCCAUGAGUGAGGCCCUCGGGGUGAUGGUGACAUGGCCCUCGUAGUCUUGAACAAGCCAGAAGCCAGAGAUGUCCUGGCCGAACAGCUUGGGCACCAUCUGGAACUUGGUCAGCAUCGCAUAACGAUUCUAACACACACACACGCACACACACACGCACAGACACACGCACACACACACACACACACGGAAUGGUGACAUACAUGGCCACACACACAUACUUAGGAUUCCUCUCGCUCUUGUCGCUCACCUUGAUGUCCAUCGUGAGCCAGUUUUCGACCGCUCGAGCAGUCCGCCCCUCGGCCGCAAAGGUGCUCACGAACGGCGCGUGGUGAGGAUUCACCUGCACACACACGCCAGCCGAAGGCGCAUGAGCGGCCGAACGCAUCGCGUCAUGACCACCCCUUCCCCCCUCUCCUCUCUCGGCACGUACCUGUGAGACGAUGAACUGUUUGACGUUGAAGAGCGAGCUGAGCUCGGCGGUCGGGAUGUCCCGCUUGACGCUGCCGUCCAUCCACACCAUCCCAGAGGGGUAGUAGGGCACCGGCUUGCCGUCCGCUCCCUUGGCGUACAGCUCGACGGGCGGCAUCAGCCCGGGAAGCGCACACGACGCCACGACGGCCGACCUGCACCGCACCGGCACCGACCGACACACAAGGAGUGCAUCCAUCGAUUGUGAUUGUGGCUGUGGUGUGCACUGCUGUCACCAGAUAUAGAUGUCUGGCGUGUUGACGUAGUUGCAGACCAGGACCUCUCCCCUUCUGCUGGCGGGGCAGACGGCGAUGCUCACGAGCCUUCCCGUCUUCUUGAAGGCCUCAGAGAAGGUCCAGUCGCCGAAGUAGACCUUGCACGUCUUCGUAAAGAAUGAGGUCUGCAUCAUGUAACCUGUUGAGUUGACCACACACACACAGAGGCGCACACACACACACACAUUUCUACCACAGUGCUGCCUCCUGCGUGGGUGCGUGUGUGUGGGUGGAUGAGGUGGAUGGGAGGCCACUCGCUGUCUCACUCCCUCACCGCCAAUGAGGAAGUUGGCGACCUGUCUGCCGAAGGGUGGGAACCACCGGACCCCAUAGCGUUCGCUGACGUCCGGCCGGAUGACGUCCUUCAUCUCCUCGUUGGUGCAGAUGGCCAGCAUGCCAGCCACGAUAGACCCACCACUCGUACCAGAUAUCACCCUAAGCACACCACAGAGACACACAAACACCACGGGAAUGUCUCCCUCCCCUCUCUGUCUGUCUGUCUGUCUGUCUCAGCGCUGGCUGUGCUGGCUGUGCUUGUGUGAGGUCACCUCACCCACCUUGGCAUGAGCCCAUGCUCCAUGAGUGUCUUCACCACCCCCAAGUGGUACAUGGCCAGCGCACCCCCCCCGGACAGACACAGCGCCGUACGACCAAUCGACAGCCGCAGGUUCGUGAAGAACGUCAGCUUCUCUCGCAGAAAGGCCGCCCUCCGCUGCAGCGCCUCCACGCCGGACAGCAUGGUGUCAAUGUCGCCCGACGGCGACAUCUCCCUUGACGAAGGCGGCAGGGUGGGCGAGGGGGGCAGCGCGGGGGUCUCUCCCGUGGCCCCUGAGGCGGCCUUGUGUGCCUUUGGGGUCACGCUGCUGUUGUUGUUAUCGCUGUCCUUGUCCGCCUGAGCAUCGGGAGAGGCCGGUUCGAUGAUCCGCCGCCUCAGAUCGGCGGACGGCUGAGGCUGAGGCUGCUGUGUCCGUGGCAUGUGGGUGGUGCUGACGCAGGUCAUGACGAGGUCAUAGUCAGCCGGGAGGCAGUCGUGCCUGCCGGUGGCUGGCGGCGAUUGCCGCCUGUUGAAUGGCGUGGCGGUGAUGUUGCUGGCGACGUAUCUGCCCGUGGGCGAGGGGACAAGGGGGGUGACCGCCGUAAGGGAGGGAAUCAGCCGCUCGGCGAACGACACGUCCUCCGGACCCACUGACACGUCCGUCUGGGCCUGAGAAACACACAAAUUGGACAACACGAUAUCUAUCAAAUGAGUGCAACCCGCCUCUUGUGCCCUUCUCCUUCCACUGACGGCUCUGGAGCAGCUGGUGCCUUCCACACGGGUCCACGCGACAUCAUCCAGCCGGUCGCUGGGGGUCGUCGUCUGUAUGGCCUCGUCUCCCAUAACACUGGUCAGGUUUGGCAUUGAGAGCGGCGACGACAUGGGCUGCGACGGCGACCUCGACCGGAGCUCGGGCGCCUUGGCCUCCACCAGGUCGAACAAAGCCUCGGACAACACCUUGGUGUACUCGUCAACCGAGAGCUUGGUGCCGGUGCGAGCCACAGAGAACAAUUCUACGGCACGGAGGAGGGCAUAGAAGGGAGGAUGUCAGCUGGCUGCUUCGUGUGUAUGGCUCGGCUCAGUCGCUGGCUGGGUGGCUGGCUGGGUGGGCUCACAUACCUGGGUUGGAGAGGUUGCAGAAGUUGCGGCAGCAAGACGUCUGCAGCAGGAACAUCAGCGAGUUGUAGUCGCUCCUCUCCCUGGCGCUCUUCAAACGGUCCGUCACACGCAAAAGAAACGCCCAGUCGUAGGCCUCGCCGGCAGCAGGGUUGUGCCGCCACUUGCUCUUGCCCUCGAGCUCGUCCAACUCGGCGCAGAUCUCAAUCCACUCCUCGAAGCUGCUGGCCUCGUCGAGCUGGAUGCACAGCUGCUCCUUGGGGUCGUUCCUGUAGAGAUUGGUGGCGCACUGGAAUGCCCGGAAGACGCGCCUGAGGGCGUUGAGUGCCGCGAAGGCGAUGAGGUCGAGAGUGAUGCGGAGCACGUGCCAGGCGCCGAGGCCCACUCGUAUGAAGGAGAAGAGGGAGGUGACGAGCAGCCAGCCUAUCCACGUGAUCCACAAGAAGCAGAACCGCCGCAGCUCUGCACACACACACACACACACGGGCACGCACACACACACACACAGACGUCGAGAGAAAGAUGCGUCUGCGUCCACACAUGUGAUUGACGAUGCAUGGCUGUGGGUGCCCUGACCUGCAUUGAGUAUGAGGGCGAUGGUGAAGAAGGCCAGGAAGGUCGUGGAGAACACGAUGUUGCCCACCAGCAGCACCCAUCCGUACGGCGACAUCGUGACCGAAGCCCAACACUCUCGUGCAGCGGGUGGCCUCACGGCCUCACACCAAGCCCCAAGUCUUCACGCAGAGUGACGCUCGCCUGACAGCUCAAAGGCGACGCCCUUUUCUCCGUACAGGGCCGAAUGACAAAUCAAUCAAAUAACAAACUGCAGGAUACCAGUCCUGUAGGGCUCAGAGGAGCGCCCGCGAUUGAUAACGAG